AUGGCUGUGGCUAUAGAUGUUCAAAGUGAAUCACUCAAUGGUGACAAUAAGACUGGUAAACAUUCACGAAUAUCACAAUUAUCCAUAAAUAAAAAACCACAUAUUCGUGAGCAUCCGAUGAUGAAAGAAUUUGUUACAAGUGGUUUAAGUGUUUCUGUAGCAAAUAUUGUUACAUUACCUAUUGAUGUAUUAAAAGUACGUCUUCAAUUAGCUAAUGCAGCUAUGACAACAUCAAAAUCAUGCAUGAAAGCAGGUUUUAUAGAAACAACAAGAUUAGUAUAUCAUAAAGAAGGUAUUCGUGCAUUUUAUUCUGGUCUUAUGCCAGCAAUUGUUCGUGGACUUUUUUAUGGCGGUGUACGACUUGGUGCUUAUGGACCAAUAAAAAAUAUGCUAAAACAUCUUAUUGCAGAAGACAGAAAUGCAGCAACAAAAAUUUUUCGUGAUAUUACAGCUGCUUGUUUAUCAGGUUCAACAGCUGCUAUUGUAUCAAAUCCUGUUGAUUUAUGUAAAACAAAAUUACAAACUAAAAAUUCCAAAUAUACGUCAUCGUUUCAUGUCAUUCGAGAUGUUAUUCAACAAUAUGGAAUUAAAGGUUUAUGGGUUGGAACUGUACCAGCAGCUUUUCGAACAGCUGCUUUAACAGCUACACAAUGUGUAACUUAUGAUCAUGCUAAACGUUUUUGGAUACAAAUAACAGGUUGGGGUGAAGGAAUUAAAUUACAUUUAGGUGCUUCAUUAAUAACUGGGUUAGUUAAUAAACGAGAUUUUUGUUGUUUUACUAAUAAUGAUAUGUCUUGUUUAAAUAAUAGACUUGUUACUACAACAGUUACGGCACCACUUGAUACAAUUAAAACAAAUAUGUAUGCAGCUGGUGGUUAUGGUGUUACUGAACUUACAAAUAAAAUUGUUAAUAAAGAAGGUUUUCGAGGAUUACUACGUGGAUGGUCAGCAGCAUAUGUGCGGCUUGAUAGGCUAUUUUUGUUUUUCAUGCAUUUAACUAAAUAUAUUUUCAUCUAUUUUUUACUUUAUCUAUCGAAUUUAUCGGCUAAAACUAAUGACUUUAAUCCAUAUGAAGUUCUUGGUUUAACUCGAACAGCAUCAGAUAAAGAAAUUCGUCUAGCAUAUAAAAGAUUAGCAAGAUAUUGGCAUCCUGAUAAAAAUUCAGAACCCAAUGCACAUGAACAAUUUACAAAAAUCAAUGCAGCUUAUGAAAUUCUAUCUGAUUCAAUAAAACGACAAAAUUAUGAUGAUUAUGGUACAACAUCUCAAGAUAAUCAACGUGGUUUUAAUACAAAUCAUUUUCGUGAUUCAUAUGAUAUAUUUCGAGAACAUUUUGGUAGUGAUUUUAAUUUUUUUCAGGAAUCCCCAUCUGGUGCGAAAAAAAUUAUUCAUUUACGUGAAUUUCUUAAUAAUAUUUUACCAAAUAGUGAUAAAAAACCAUAUGUUCUUUUUGGUAGUACAAAUUUUUGUUUACAUUGUCGUGAACCAUUAAGAUUAUUUCGUUCACUGGAAAAACAAUUCAAUGAUGUUGGUAUUGGUACAGCAGAAUUUAAUACAAAGGAUCAACGUUUAAGUAAUGAAUUAGGUAUAUUAAAUGCUCCAUCAUUAUGUGUUAUUAGUCAACGUCGUGUCUAUCAUUUUAAUGAUCAUGGAAAAUUUAAUCAAUAUACAGAAACAAAUAUUAAAGAAUUUGUUCGAAAAUCAAUACCUAUUCAACGAUAUAUAAAAACAUUACGAACUCCUGAUGAUCUAUUAUCACUAAUAUCAUCAUAUAAUGAAACAAAUCGAAUUCAUGCAAUAUUAAUAACUAAACAAAAAGCACCAAGACUUAAAUUUGUUAUAGCUUGUUUACAACAUUUAUCCCGAAUACAAUGUGCUGUAUUAAAUUCAUCUAUGAUAAUGACUAGUGAAAUACCAUCAUUUCUUAAACAAGUUUCAACUAUAACUGAUACAGUUUUAUUAUUUAAAGAAGAUAAAAAUCCAAUAGCUGUUAUUAAAGAUAAUGAUUUAACUUUUGUUAAUAUUCAAAAGUUAUUCGAAUCAAAUCAACUUUUACAUUUACCAACAAUUACAAGUUCAAAUGUGUUUAAUUUAGUUUGUCAAACAAAUUCUGCUAAACCCUGUUUUCUAAUUAUUGGUGAUUCAUUACUUUUUGAAGAAUAUCGAUCAUCUUUGUUAUUUCUUGCUAAACAAAUAUUUCAACAAUAUGGCUCACGUAUGGCAUAUCUUGAUUCAUCACCAACAAAACAAAUAAGUUUUAGUCGAAUAUUUUCAUCGAUUUAUCAUCCUAAUGAUAAAAAAUUAGUUAUUGUUGUUAUUCGUCGAUGGUUUGAUCAUUCAAUUGAAUUAGUUAAUGGUGAAGUUGAAUUUGAUGAAAAUUCAUUAAAUGAAUUUAAACGUAAUAAUUUAAAUAUUGUUGCUGAUAUUGAAGCAAAUUUAAAUUUAUAUUUAACGAUGCGUUGGCAAAAUGCCAAAAAAUUUACAUUACCAACUAUAUUUGAUUUUGAUGAAAGAAAUGAGAAUAUUUUUACAAUAAUUAUUAAUCAAAUUCAAGAUAAAUGGAAUUAUUGGUUUGAAAGAAAUCCAAUAUUUCGAUCUUUAUCAGGAUAUGUUUUUACAUAUCAAUUUUCGUUACUUUUUCUUUCAAUUAUUGUUUAUUUAUGGUAUACAAAACGAGAAUCGGAUAAUAAUUUAAAUAAUGAUAGAAAACAAAUGAGAAAAUCAUAUCCAUCUUCAACAACAAAUAAAAAAUCAAAUGAAAUUUAUCGAGAACCAAACAAUAUAAUAAAAUUAGAUGAAUUUAAUGAAUCUUUUCUUCAAUGUUAUACAAAUCCAAAUGCAUCAAAUGUUAUUAUAUUACUUCUUAUUGCUAAUACACCAAAUGAUUCGUGUAUUGCACAUUUUACUAAACAAAUUAGUUUAAUUAAUGAUUCUAGAAUGAUCUUUACUGUUCUUUAUCGUGAAUAUUCACCACAAUGGCUUAAUGAACUUUAUGCAAAUAUAGAAGAUGAUCAAAGUCGUCAUUUAGUUCCAUUUGCUAUAUCAACUGUACUUGCUUUGUAUAUACGACGAAAAUUUUUUGUACCUUAUGGACCAUUAUCAAAUAAAAAUGAUAAUGAUGACGUAUUAGAUGAAAAUGGUGCUUUUAUUGGUAUGGAUAAUUAUCAAAAACGUUCAUUAUCGACAUCAUCAACAGAUUCUACAGAAUCAACAACUGAUUCAUUAUCUUUUUCUGAUUGGAUUGAUCUUCUAUUUGAUGGAAAUAUUAGAAAACCUAUUUCUGUAACAGAAUGGCCGAUGAUAUUUCGUUGA